UAGGAGAUGGGCAGGAGACCCUGACUGACCAGGCGGUGUCACCAGCUCAGCCCAGCCCCGGGCCAGGCUCACUUCCACUCAGUGAGGCUGGAGACUUCAGCCCGGAGGCGACCGCCCCACCUGUGACUCGCGCCGAUAAGGACGGGGCGGCCAUGCACCCCAGUUUUAGCAGCCCCCGCGCUGUCGAGCUGGAUGAGUCCAUCCCACCCGAUCCCAACGCAACCACCACCACGGGCGCCAGGCUGCAGACUCCUGCCCCAGCCGUCUCAGCGGAUGCUACGACGGGGCUUCGGAAUAAGAACCUGUCGGCCAACAGCAGCUCGGAGCUCCCCCCUCCGGCUCUGGCUGCCAACACCACAGAUGCAAACCAGCCUGGCCAAAAUGGAACAGAGCCCUCCAGCCCCACGGGGCCGACUGGCGCCGCGACUGGGACUCCAACGCAUCAGCCACCAAAGGACGCGCUGGCAACAACGGGCAGCUCCCAGCUGGAGCCUUCUGCAUCCAGCACCUUGGGGCCCACGACAGGGAACCCUGAACCCACUGCAGGGAACCCUGAACCCCCCCCACAAACAGCCCAGGAGAAUGCCACAGAGGAGAGCACUGCAGGGCCCACUACCGUCCCUGCUGCCAUGACAACAGGGAGCACACCUGCAACUACCACCCCCAGCACCACCACGGUAACCCCCAGAGCUUCCUCCCCCAACAGGGCAGCCACAACAGCCGUAGGGCAGUCAUCAGCCGAUCCCGUGCAUGAGAAGGCUUCUGUGUUGGAUGUGGGAGACGACGAUGGUCAAGACCUGCCCAGCUCCGCUGUUGCCGGCGCGAUGGGGGCCGACCCCCUGGUGAUCGGUGUCAUCUCCAUGUUCGUCAUCAUGGUGGGGAUCCUGGCCCUGGUGGGCUUCCUGAGAUACCGGCAGCGCCACAGCCGGAUGGAGUUCCGGCGCCUGCAGGACCUGCCCAUGGACGACAUGAUGGAGGAUACGCCCCUCUCCCUCUACACCUACUAGGCAGCAAGAGGACCCUCCAUCCGGGUUUGGGGGAGCGCUGAAGUUCCCUGAGCAGUAGGCCCCUGAGGAUCUGGUCCAGGAAGAUCCCCUGAGGAUGGGGGGAAGGCGGCUCUGAUUUUGCACUUGACUGAAACACUCAUUGCAGAUGGGUGGGUUGGUUUGUUUUAAAAACUUUUGUAAAAGUUUGGUUUUAAAGUUUAUUCUGAGAGCUGGAGCCAGUCAGAGCCCAGCACUGGCCCUUCCCUCUGCUCUCCAUACACCGAGGGUCCUAAGCCUCCUCAAAAUGCUGAGGACAUGGGAGAGGGGCUUUUCACCUUGCAUUUUAGCCUGAGGGCCGAGCUGAUGUUUUGCCGACUCGCUUGGAAGUCUCAGAAGCUGCUGCUCUCAAAAUGCGCCUUGUGUCAGGAAAUGCAGUGUCGGUCCUCACAAGGCAAGCAAAGGAGAAUGUUACUUCCCACUGGGAGACGAGGGCGGGGAGCAGACUGGCUCCCUCUUGCUUUGUGUUUUUUUGCACAUGUUGUUCCUAUUUCAACUUCAGCAGUGGGAUCCACUCCUGAAUUCCCAGAGAAUCUAGCAGGACUGUGGUAAACUGCAAUCCCCUCCUUGCCCCCCAGAAAAACAGCCCCCUGGCUGCGGGAGGAGAAUGUGCCCCUGAGGGCUGGGGGUGAGCGGGAGGUUUUUCAUCACGCUGGGAGGGAACCGACAUAACUGGGGCUUGCGUGGCCUUGUCUCGGGUGGGACUCUCCGGUCUGUCUCAAAAGAAAACAAAAUCCCUGGUUCUCUCCCUCGAGGCAGCAGCACAAGCCUAAACCGUUCCCCGCAGGCAGGCUGCCCCGUGGUCGCCUCAGCGUGGGAAGGGAACGUCUCCCGGGUAUCAGAGAGUCGCUUGUUGCACUUAGUACCUGCUCUGAGCUCUGGCGGCUGCCCUGCGCCACGACUUCCCUCCCCAGUACCGCGAGCUCCUUAGUUCGCUAUCGACAUAGCCUUGUCCAGGCUGCUUGGCGGCUCUCAAGGGCACGUUAUGCCCCGCACCCCCGAACUAGCCUUUGCCAUUGUUUUGUGCCUUGUCCCUCCAGGGUGUUGGGUUGGGAGGUCAAGAAAUGCUGCUUCUCUGCUUCGGAAGUCCCUCGAACAGUCCCAGCGGCUGCUCGCUCUGCCCCUGCGGCUCCUGGGAGCCUUUGCGGCUGCAUAAUAAGCAAACAAGCCGGAGCGGGUCUGGGGGCAGCCCGCUGCCUUCGGGCUCCCUAGGGACAGACGUUAGCGUGCUGGGCAGGAUGCGUCUCGUCCAUGUGUGCAGCUGGAGAGAGGCGGUGUGGUUUUUUCUGUUCUGUGUUACCACCUGUCCCCAUUCUCCAACACACACACACUGGGGUUUCUCGCUUCCCAUACAGUGGCUCCUGCCUAUUUCUACUUCCUAUCUUGUUACGCCUUCUGAAGGCUCCUCGGGGUCCCUCUCAGCUGUGCCUGGGGCCUGGGCAGCGGUUGGUGAGGUCUCGCUGUGGAGAGUGAUGCUGGGAUAGUCGGUAUCAUACAAAAGCCUUGGUUUUCUCAGGUCUCAGCCUGUCGUCUUGGCAGCCGGUGCUUGCGCUCCCUCAGGCCAGCAAAGUCUGGGGGAGUUGUGGGCAGUCAGCAUCUCUUCCGGCGAGGCCCCCGCCCCAUGAAGUUGCACCGUUUUCACAGCCAUGCGAUGCCCACAUUAGCUUUCGGGAGGGCCUAGUCUCCCACCAGCAGGGCAUAGAUAAGUCCUAUCCUUGGAUGUAAUGGAGAUUAUUCGGGCCAUGCAGCUGGAGAACUGGUCGUCUGGAACCAGGGCAGACGAGCUGGAGAAGGUGACUUCCCCACUCCCUGCAUUGCUCUGUGGCUUUGGGAGUAGCUGGUGAAGAGAUCAUGCAGUAGUUAGGGUUUUCCUGUUGGCUGUAGACUUGGGUCUGUUACCUGUGAUGAGACACCCCCAAAAGUAACUGCAGGAGGGAGUGUAAUAGAUUUUUUUCCCCCUCUCGUUGUGUGAAAAUUAGAGGGCAGUUUUCACAGGCAUCAAACUCCCAAGUCGGAACCACAGAAAUUUCACUCAUGCUGCAGCCUUGUUUCCCCAGCUGGAGGGCAGGGUGCUGCCAAUUUUUGGCACCAACAGAUGCACAGACAGUGCUGAUGGAAAUAGCGGAACUUCCUCCUGGCUGAAGCUGGCGCAAGGGUGUCAGUGGAGCUGUUGUUGCCGGAACGAGCCGCUCUACACACAGCUUGAAGGGAGAGGACUGACUGUCCCAGCCACGCCUGCGUCUCUGCCCCCCAGGGGCGGGAGGGGGACGGGGAACAGAACUCGCCAAACACCAAAGUGCAACUUUCUUUGUAAAAUAUGUUAAUAGUGGAUUUUUCUGCAAUAAAGUUACAAAUGCUGAA